UUAUCAUUUAUUAAUAUCACUUUGCAUUUAAAUUAAUGACUUGGCGUGUUCAUCAUUGUCAUUUUUAAAUGUCUGACUGUAUGCAGUCACAAGCUUUUACAUGAUAAUUUGUGUUUGUUUUAUGACCCAAAAUUGUGCUAAUCCCUGUUUUUGUUUUGUUUUGUAUGUAUUACGUAUGAAGUAAUGCAAUUUAAAGUAAAUAUUGCUCAAAGUGCAAAUGCUCCGGUCGGGAAACGCCCACCGCUGGCAUUGGUGGAAAACGGGGAAACUAAAAAAUAUACUCUAAUGUAAUUGGACAAUAUAACACGGAAGUGAAGAAGUGACCAAUCGACUGGAUAAAAGCACUCACCGGUUUGAGUGGACGGUCCAGUGUGCUUGGCCUUAACAUCCACUAAGGCAGACACAUUUGUUUUACACAGCAAUUUAUCACAAAUAUUGUUGACUAUGGCUGCGUAUAAGCUGGUGCUGAUUCGCCACGGAGAGAGCAACUGGAACCAGGAGAAUCGGUUCUGUGGCUGGUUUGAUGCUGAUUUGAGUGAAACAGGGGAGAAGGAGGCGAGGAGAGGUGGGCAGGCCCUGAAAGACGCCAAAUAUGAGUUUGACAUAUGUUACACCUCUGUGCUGAAGAGAGCCAUCAGGACCCUGUGGCUGGUCCUGGAUGGCAUUGACCAAAUGUGGGUGCCCGUGCAUCGUACCUGGCGUCUAAAUGAGCGCCACUAUGGCGGCCUGACGGGCCUCAACAAGGCAGAGACGGCUGCCAAGCACGGUGAGGCUCAGGUGAAAACCUGGAGGCGUUCGUUCGACAUACCUCCUCCGCCUAUGGGUCCUGAUCACGAGCACUACGCAAUCAUCAGCAAGGAUCGUCGCUAUGCCAAUUUGACUGAGGAUCAGCUUCCUUCCUGCGAAAGCCUAAAGGACACAAUCGCCCGAGCACUUCCCUUCUGGAACGAGGAAAUCGCUCCUCAGAUCAAGCAGGGAAAGAAGGUGCUCAUUGCUGCGCACGGAAACAGUCUGAGGGGCAUCGUGAAGCAUCUGGAGGGAAUGUCAGAUGAAGCCAUCAUGGAGCUCAAUUUGCCCACCGGCAUUCCCAUCCUUUAUGAGCUGGACAAAAACCUGAAGCCUGUGAAGCCAAUGCAGUUCCUAGGAGACAAAGAGACCGUGCGCAAAGCUAUGGAGGCUGUGGCCGCUCAGGGCAAGGCUAAGAAGUAAAACAUGGCUGUGUUCCUAAUAAUGGUGUUUUUGUUUAAUUGGAAUUCUGGACUUGCAAUGUUCUGGGAAAAUACAGUUAUGUCAAUAGUAUAUAAGGCCCAGAAUUAUUGCUAUCUUGAAUGAAGUAUUAUUGGCUUAACUUGCCAGUGAAGGUAGUGUCUAAUCUGUGCACUUCUUUAUUUAACUUAUGAUCAAUUAAAUGUGUUUCACCAAGAUACUAUUGUGUACUUUUGUACAUCUUUGGCUGAUUAUCAAAUGAAUGCAUAUAAAAACAAUGUCAAAGAGCUUUUUAUCUAAAGCUGACAACAAAAAAAGUUAUUUCGCACUUAUUGAAGCUUCUAUUGUGGUCAUUCCAAUAAUAAUGAAAAAAUGAGGGAAGAAAUUUGGCAGCCCUUCUCGGGUAUGAUGUCACAUGUCAACUGUCUUUCAUUGUUGUGUCUUGACUGUGUUGCUGUCUGUUGCCUUCUUGAAUAAUGUGCUUGUCCUUCACUGUAUAAUUGUUGCAUUUGCACAGUAGUUCUCUUCCAUAGUGUUACAAUGGUGUAUAAAAUGAAACCAAUGUAAUGCAAUGUUACUGCUCCUGUCUUUUAUUUAGAGUUUUCAUUUUAAUUAUCUUUUAUUCUUGUUUCUUUAUUUUAAUUUGAUUAAAUUCAGCUGGAACGAUCAUGUGCUGCUU